AUGACUGCGCGUCUACACUCUCUCAGGCACCAGGACAAAAAAUCUUUGGGGAGCGGACAUAGACAGCAACAGCAACAGCAACAACAACAACCGCAGCAGCAAGUCGCGCCUCAAGCACCGAGUCCGGUUCCAAGUCCGAGUCUCAGUCCCAGCCCCAAUCCAAAACACUCUGACGGACGUCGUGCAAACAAACCACUGAUGGAGAAGCGAAGACGUGCGAGAAUAAAUCAGUCACUUGCCGCGCUGAAGGCACUGAUACUCGACAGCGCGCGGCUUGAGAACACGAAGCACAGCAAACUUGAGAAAGCAGACAUACUGGAAUUGACAGUGAGGCAUCUCCAGAGACAGAGAACUUUGGCGCAGCCGGGAUUGUCGAGAUACAAGGCCGGCUACCAGGAUUGUUCACGUGAGGUGGGUCGUUAUCUGGACGCUCCUGACAUAAUAACCGGCAACACAACGCCGAUGGACCCAGCAGUGAAGCAGCGACUGCUGCGUCACCUGGACAGUUGUGUCUCCGAACUAGACCUGGACCUUGGCUCCCGACCGGACAGCGGUCUCGGAAGCAGUCCGGGCAGCGUGACAGACCGCGUAACAGGUGCUGCGAGUCCCACCGGGCUUGACCACCAUCACCACGGGCACCCUGUCGGAACAGCAGCUCCUCACUGCAGCAACCCCGGCACAGCGGUGUUCAACGCCAGUCUGAUAAAGACCGAGAUGGCGGACAUAAUGGAGACCCCGACGCCGAUGGCCAGGCCAGACAGCAGCACCGCCGGGGACGAGAACAACAACAGUCGCCCGACCUCGGCGUUCAGCCAGGUCCCGGCUCUGGAUCACCAGCAUCCUCCGACCGGGAUUCCGGUGGUUGACCAGGCCUCGACGUCUGGCCAGAACCCCAACAUGCUCUCAGUGGUCCAGGUCAUACCCUCCCGGCUGCCCGAUGGCCAGGUAGUCUUCCUGCUGCCCAGUCAUUAUGUCCAAUUGGCAGCUGCUGCCGCUGCCAAUGGCAUCAGCAUUGGUCCCAAUCCUCCGACGGCCAUCUGGGCAGCCACCAAUAUGUCUCUCCUGAAGGCCACUGACAAGCUGGCCAAGCGGCCUCAUCAAGAUAUGCCCCCCCAAGAUUGGAGCUCCGAUGGACCCAAGCCGAUAAAAAGCCCCCGGAUUGAGCAGCCAGAGCAGCCGCUUGACUUCACCACCACUUCCAAGAAGAUCAACGGCUAUAAACCUCCACUGGACAGCAAUGUGAUCAACGACAUUGAUGUCAGUCAUCUUCAGGUUAUGGAUGACCAACACACCUCUAGUCAUACCGAUCCUGAUUGCAAUGACGAAAUGGUGACCAUAAUCUCUCCGGAAUCGACCUCGACUAUUUCGCAGCCGGUUAAGGAUGAAGAGGGAAUGUGGAGGCCCUGGUAA